GUUGGAAACGAAGGACCUCACAGCGCCAAGAUGGCGGCGCCCGUGAGCGAUGCCGGGGAGUUUGAAAGCUGGCUCAACGACCGACUGGACUCGUUAGAAGUUGACCGUGAGGUGUACGGCGCAUACAUUUUAGGAAUCCUAAAGGAGGAGGAGAGCGACGAGGAGAAAGAAGACGCGCUUCAGGGAAUCUUGGCCGCUUUUCUGGACGAAGAUGCCAUAGAGGAGGUCUGCAAGCAGAUUAUCAAUGAGUGGAAGGAGUGUUGUGACCGACUGGCUGCCAGACGAAACACCGAUGACGCUGAGGUGCAGGCCAUAGCCAGCAUGAUAGAAAAACAGGCCCAGAUCGUCGUGAAACAGAAGGAGCCGUCCCAGGAGUCCAAGAAGAGGAAAGAGGCCCUUCUCGCUCAAUACGCCAAUGUGACGGAUGAAGAGGAUGAAGCAGAAGGGGAGCCAGCGGCUGGAGUGGAUCUUCCUGGAAGUGAAUCCAAAUCCCUGUUCAGGAACACCAACGUGGAAGAGGUGCUCAACAGGCAGAAGCAAAAGCGUGACCAGGCUCGAGAAGAUGCGCAGAAGAAAAAGGAAGGGGACAAAAUGCAGCGGGAGAAGGACAAACUAGCCAAGCAAGACAGAAAAGAGAAAGAGAAGAAACGUACACAGAAAGGUGAACGUAAAAGAUAAGAGUUUAAGAAGAGGGGGAUGCUUUUUGGUCAAAAAAAGUGUUUUUUUGCAAGAAAACUAAAGAACAAGUGAAAUCUAGCAAUGUGUUCUUCUCUUUACAACUGAACCUCAUGUUUAAGUCGUGUUUGUCAGAUGCUUGGUAACGCUUUUCUCAUUUGUGAGAAACACUGGACGUGCAGAGCUGAAAUUCACACAUCUACACUUACAUUUGGUAUGACAGCUGUAUCGCACCGCUGCUGGCCCGUCUCCAGUCGUUUCUCAGGGCCAGCCUCUGAGAAAUUCUGGAUAUUUCUCCACAACCUUCAACAGCAAGUUGUCGGCUUUUUUUUUUUUUUUUUUUCCCCUCCUGCAUCAGGUUUUGGUUUUACCGUCUAUGCAUUUUGACAGCGAGUAAGAACAAUAUGUGCUAACCUCAAAUGUGUAACUUUCAAAAUUCAAAUGUUUUGAGGUGUCUUUUUAAAAGUAUUAAUAAAAAAAAAGAAGUUUUCCCAGAAAA